AAGAGAGCACAUGGAUACUGAGCAGCGCAAAGCGAUCAUUCCUCUCUCCUGGGGGAUUCUGAUAUUUCACUACACAUUUUCUAUGUGCUGAGGUGGGCUGGAAAGCCAAAACAGUAAGCGCUCCUUUGAAGAAAUAGGGUUGAAAUGUUUCAUCUCAGAAAAUUUCAUGUGAAAAAAAAAAAAGAAGGCAGCAGAGUGUUUCAGCACUCUGAAAUGGAGGAAGAGAGUAAGGAUUGGAAUUUUCCUGAGGAAGAAACCCGUGUUGGCACCGGUAGCCAAAGGCUCCUGGCUUUCCUCAGCUGUUGCCUCCCCACACCCCAGCCUUAGCCCAGCCACAAGAGAGCCCCUAGAGACUGUCCCGUGUCCAUGAAACCACUAUCUGAACAUGCUUUGUAGCAGUAUGGAUUAUGAGCCAGCUCUAAAGAUGCAGAGGGACUGCUCCCAUCAGGCUGCACGUGGCCAUAUCGAGAUAUGUUAUGGACACAGCAAUCUUAAUCCAGCCUGAACCAGAUCACUUUGCUGCAUGGCUGGAUCCUUAUCUUUCUACCAGCUGGGAGGGACGAGAAGAUUUCAUUUUGGUGGGAGGGCGUUCAAGCUGUGGGAAGUGGGGGAGGGCUCUUCUUUUCCCUCACACUGGCAAAUCCUAUUCCCUCUUGCCUUGCUCAUCUUGACAUUGGCUCUGCACGGGCAAUGGCUUCCCCACUGCCUUGCCGUGCGGAGGUUACGCCCUCCCCUCUCCUCUCUGCUCCCACAGGAUUGCUCUUACCCUGCCAACAGCAUGGAGAGUGUGCGUGAGCUCCAGGACCCACUGUUGGCCAAGGCUAACGGGCACCUCCACAGCAGCUAUUCUUACCACCAGCACCACAGCCAAGACUACCCCGGCCACCACUGCCAAGGGAAACUGUACUCCUACAUCUUCCAAAACACUGGCGGAGCCAGGACUCACCAGCUGCUGGAUGCCAGCUCCCUGCAGCUGGCUGUGGAAGCCUUGUACGGCCCCAAUUUCAUCCUUGUGAAAGAUGAGACUGCUCUCAAGGCAAAGGACAGCAAGACAGAGAGCUGUGAGACCACUUUUACAGAAGGUAAAGAGGUUCUGUCUGACAGUCCUGAUGGGCAUGAUGUACAAGGGUCCUGCCUGGUAGAGAGUGACAUCCGCAUCCAAACAGUGUCCUAUGAGGUGGAGGAGGAGGAGCUCCAGGAGUACGAGAGCGACUCCUCUAGUGACAGUGAAAGUGAGGACCAAUUCCUGAUGCUCCCCCCCCGAGACCACCUUGGCCUGGCCCUGUUCUCCAUGCUGUGCUGCUUCUGGCCCUUGGGAAUUGCUGCAUUCUACUUCUCCCAAGGGACCAGCAAGGCUGUCUCCAAAGGAGAUUUCCACUUGGCCAGCUCAGCUUCCCGCCGAGCUCUCUUCCUUGCCGCGCUCUCUAUAACCAUCGGUACAGGCGUGUACGUCGGGGUGGUGGUGGCACUUAUCGCAUAUCUCUCCAAGGGGGGCCACGUGUAACUGCUGCCUGCACACCAGCAUGGUCCCCAGCCACCAGUCCUCCUGGGAUCAAGCCUUCCUGUGGAGCACAGGGUGCCAGUGCUUGCAAGGGCUUCUGGCAUAGCAGGACCUUGGAUACCCCGUGCCAGCUCUUUCCCUUUUCAGACACACAGCAGAUCCUUGGAGAUACUCAAAAGCUACCUGGACGUGGCUGUGGGCAAGCAGCUCCUAGGAGGUCCUGCUUGAGCAGGGCUUGGACCAGAUGCCCCCUGGAAGUCCUUUUCCAGCUUCAACUGUUCUGUGUCCUCCCUGGUACUGUGGGGUGACACCAUCUGACAGCAGGGAACUGAGUAGUGACCUGACCGCUGAGGCCAGGAGGACCACACUGGAACAUGUGUAAAAGCUGCUGCUGGCUACUGCCACCGUUCUGCUCCAGGGCCACCACUUGCUCUCCCAACCUUGCAGUGGGGACAGCCACCUCCGAUGCCCAGGCUUUGCCCAUGAAGGGGACAGGCAAAGAGGAACGACUGCUCUUUCUUUUGGGCAUUUGGGGCCCUGGUGUGGAUUCAGGACUCCUAUGAUGGGGACAACAAUCUCCUGUCAGUGUCAUGAGUGGCACCUGGCCCUCCAGCUGCAGCAAAGGAAGAGGGUGCAGCAUGAACAUGACCAAAAGGCAUGCUCUGGGGUGCUCUCUGCAUCCUUUCCAGAUGGACAUACAGUAGCUAGCCUGCUCCAGAUGAGAACCAAGAAGAAAUGCAAGCUGGUGCUUGCAGACAGUCGACCUGAUCACCAAAGAUGGUAGCAAAAUCCACAAGGUUUUCCAGUAUUCACAAUGAUUGUACCAGUAACUGUAGUUCAGAGCUCCAGAAGGGCUGGCAUCCCAUGGUGAUCUGGAGAUAUUUGAAGUGGAAACUGCUGCCCACAACAAGACUGCGGGGUGUGGGGGGAAGAUCUUAACUCUCAACACUGAGCUGGGGGUUUGCACACCAGGAGUGGAGAGCACAAGACUGGCAUGACAUGCAGAGCUCAGGUGGGUGCUGGAAGCAAGGAUCCAGAGAGGCGGAGGCCUGAGGGGAGCACAGGAAAUGGGGAGACCCCAACAUACUCCUUCCCACAUCUUGGAGAGGGGCAUCUCCAUCUGUCCAGAGGCCUCUGCUGACUAGGAAGUACGGUACAUCCAUGACUACAACUGACUUCUGUCAAUUUGUAUGUUAGUGACACACCAAGUGCUUCAGGGAUGGACACUAAGGCAGUGACUGCCCCAAAGCGCUCGGUUCAAAGGCCUUUCCUCACCCCUUCCCUGGUGCCCUCUCACCCCUCUGCCGCUGGCUCUGCAAGUAGCACAGUGUGCUCCUCACAUGUACAUUUCAUCCUAAAGAAGCAUGUUAGUAUCUGCAAUUCCUGUUGUACUCGAGCCAUAAAGGAGAGAAGCACAUCAGAGACCUGUUCAGAAGCAGUUCUGAAAGUUCCCAUUAUGUUUUAUAAUGUGGAAGAGCUAAUAAAAGAGCAGGCAAAACAACACUUUGCGCUAACGCAGGUCUGCAGAGGGAAGAGGUGAGCUCUGCAGGCUUCUGUGGGAGUGCUGAGAUGGCCAACAGCUGAAGGUGUUCUGUGGCUCCCCAUGGAGAUGAGCAUCCAGCUGAUGGCUGGGCAGUGUGGGGGGGAGCCGUGCUGCAGUGUGCAUCACAGCCAGCAGCCUGUGCUGCGAUGGCAUGGGCUGUUAGCCAUGAGGGGGGACAAGAAUUGGGUAGAGAGAGGCUGGAAGAUUGCUGUUCAGGCUGUUCUGCCUGGAGGAAAAGCUUCAAAUAAAAUGUGUUCAAGGAAGAUCUCCCUGCACACCUCUGGGUCCAGCUCCUGGUCCCUGCAGGACCAUUCCCAACCUUUUCCAUGUCUCAUUCCUGCCCCUUCUUUAAUUGGAGGCACAGGGGAAAG